AUGACCUACAGUGCAAUGGCAGAGGAUGUUCUGCAUUUUCUCCGGAAGCAUCAGCUGAAGAACGUGUCUCUACUGGGGCACUCGAUGGGCGGCAAGGUCGCCAUGACUGUCGCGCUCAAUUACAACCUUCCGGACGGCUUACUGGAGAAUCUCAUCGUCGAGGAUACUGCUCCGGCUGCGGGGGCUCAACUGACCGAAUUUCCUGGAUAUAUCAAGGGCAUGAGGGCAGUCAACGCUGCCGAAGUGACCACCCGUAAGGAAGCUACCGACAUACUUGCCAAGGGGGAGAAGGACCCCGCCAUUCUACAGUUCUUACUGACCAAUCUGGAAUUGCCACCUCGGGUCGAGCAUGCGCAAUUCAAGAUCCCCCUGGACAUCCUGGAAGGAUAUACAAACAGCAUGGGCGACUUCCCAUACGCGCCUGGCGAGCGGCAAUGGUCUGGAAGAACCCUCUUUAUCAGAGGCACAAAGAGCAAGUAUAUGAACGAGCGCAACAUACAGGUUGUACAGAAGAUGUUUCCGAGUAUGCAAUUGACGGAACUUCCGGCGGGUCAUUGGGUACACUCGGAAAGGCCUCAAGACUUCAGGAAGGUGGUCUCGCAGUUCAUUGGUCCAAUGGAACCGCUCUCGGGCUCCUAG